GAAUUGAAGAUAAGGCGUGAUUACCUACUAAUAAAUACUUGGUCAUGGCUGAUUUCUGCAACGAAGAUGGAGUUUCAAGAUCCAUUUCAGAAACUCCCCCUACUCAUUACACUCUCAAGAUUCAGUCACUAUCUCUGCUAAAAAAGAACAAUAUUGAGAAAUACAGUUCCCCUUAUUUUGAAGCUGGCGGCUAUAAAUGGAAGUUGGUGUUUCAUCCAAAAGGAAACAAAAACAAGAAUGCAGAAGGGAAGCACGUUUCUAUAUAUCUGAUGAUGGCGGAGGCAAGCUCACUUGUCCCUCAGGAUCUUAUAACGAAGGAGAAAGAAUCAAGCUAUGUCUGCUGUACAUUUCUGCUUAAUUACAACAACAGAUAGGACAGUUCAAAAAGGAAGAAGAUUCCAUGCAAUGAAGGUGGAAUGGGGAUUUGAUCGAUUCAUAAGUCAAGAAGAUUUCAACAAUCAAGCAAAUGGGUAUGUUGUGGAUGACAUAUGUGUCUUAGGAGCAGAGGUUUAUGUAUGUCAAGAAAAGUUCAAAAGUAGAGGCGACUGUUUGUCCAUGGUUAAAGACCCCAUUAGCUAUAAGCACGCCUGGAAGAUCGACAAGUUCUCUUCUCUCACUGCGGAUUGUGAAGACUCCAAGACCUUCAUGCAAGGAGAACAUAAAUAGUACUCGCUUCCUUACUCAAGCUGUCUAACUCAAUAUAACUGUUAGUCCUGGUACCUGAAAUGUAAGGGAUUCAAAAAAAAUACAAGAAUGACAUACCUGUGAUUCGAAGCUGCAAUAUAAAACAAUUUUUGAAUCACUUUUGACACUACACUAAAAGCUAGCUUCCCAUAUGUCAAGAGGUUCAAAAACUUAUACAAGCACAAAAGGAGGUCAUUGUAUUCUAUCUGUACCGUAUAAUUUUUUGACAAACGAGAUUCAAUUACAUAUAGCUUAGCUACUGACAAUGGCUGUCAGUAUAAUGCCAUUGGUAUGUAUGUAUAAAUUAAAACAG